UUGGCAAUGCGGGGAGCGGGAGGGAUUGCCAAGUUGGCAAAGUUUGCCGGGCUCCGCUCUCCUCCCCCUCCCGCGGAUGGGCAGACGGCAAGGAGGAGCCCCGAGGGAUUUGCGCUCCGCUCAUCCUUCCCUAUCCGGCUCCCCCUCCCCGGGCCUGAGUCGUAAUCCUGCCGCCUGCGCGCCAGAGCGGGGGUCAGUCAUGGCUGCGGCGCUGAUCCUCUCCCGGGGUUGCGCGGGGUGUCUCCUCCGCCGCAGCUUCCAUGCCCGGAGAUGGAGGCCCGCCCCGAUCCGCAGGAUUUUCCAGCCAUACCAUUCUGAUCAGAAAAUGUCAUUGGGUCUUGAAACCCUCUUUGAGUACAUUGAUAAACACCAGGACAUCUAUGUGGAGCGACUGGCCAAGUGGGUGGCAAUUCAGAGCGUAUCGGCAUGGCCCGAAAAGAGAGGAGAAAUCCGACAGAUGAUGGAAGUUGCAGCCAAAGAUAUUGAACGUUUGGGUGGCACAACAGAGUUGAUAGACAUUGGGAAACAGAAGCUACCAGACGGUUCGGAGCUUCCUUUACCUCCUAUAAUUCUAGGCAAACUCGGCUCUAAUCCUAACAAGAAAACGGUUUGUGUUUAUGGACACCUGGAUGUUCAGCCCGCAGCACAAGAGGAUGGCUGGGACAGCGAGCCUUUUACCCUGGUAGAAAGAGAUGGGAAGUUGUAUGGCCGAGGGUCAACAGAUGACAAAGGUCCAGUGCUUGCCUGGCUGAAUGCCUUGGAGGCUUAUCAACAAACUAAACAGGAAAUCCCAGUGAAUGUAAAGUUUUGUUUAGAAGGUAUGGAAGAAUCCGGCUCUGAAGGCCUUGAUGAACAGAUAUUCGCACGAAAGGACACUUUCUUCAAAGACGUGGACUAUGUUUGUAUCUCUGAUAACUACUGGCUGGGCAAGAAGAAGCCGUGCAUUACCUAUGGCCUCCGAGGCAUCUGCUAUUAUUUCAUAGAGGUGGAAUGCAGUGACAAAGACCUUCAUUCAGGAGUAUAUGGUGGCUCCGUUCAUGAAGCUAUGACAGACCUGAUUGCCUUAAUGGGAUCACUAGUGGAUAAGAGAGGGAAGAUCCUGAUUCCUGGUCUCCAGGGGAUGGUGGCUUCCCUCACUGAGGAGGAGCAACAACUUUACGAUCGAAUUGACUUUGAUCUGAGGGAGUAUGCGGAAGACAUUGGAGCCACACGACUGCUGCACGAAACCAAGAAAGACAUCUUGAUGCACAGGUGGCGAUACCCAUCCUUAUCCCUCCAUGGAAUAGAAGGAGCUUUCUCAGGAUCCGGUGCCAAAACUGUGAUUCCACGAAAAGUUAUUGGCAAAUUUUCCAUAAGACUAGUGCCAGACAUGACUCCGGAAGCUGUGAACAAGCAGGUUCAGGAUUACUUGUCCAAAAAGUUUGCUGAAUUGCACAGCCCCAAUAAAUUCAAAGUCUCUCUGGGCCAUGGUGGAAAACCCUGGGUAUCAGAUUUCAACCAUCCCCACUACAUGGCUGGGAGAAAAGCCAUGAAAACAGUAUUUGGCGUGGAGCCAGACUUGACCAGAGAAGGUGGGAGCAUUCCUGUCACGCUAACCUUCCAAGAAGCAACCGGCAAGAACGUAAUGCUGCUGCCUGUUGGAUCUGCAGAUGAUGGAGCCCAUUCUCAGAAUGAGAAACUCAACAGGUACAACUAUAUUCAAGGUGUCAAACUGUUGGGUGCAUACCUAUACGAAGUUGCCCAGCUCAAGGACUGAAUCUGAAUGUUGGUCUUGCAAAUGAAAGUUGCUGGUGGGGGACCUGCAAGUUCUCGCAACAUACUUCCUUGCAACUUUAAAAAAACUGCACUAAUUUUCUUCCCCCCUCUUUGUUACCAGACUAACUCAUGCAGAGACGCCUGGCAAAAUAUUUUUGAAUUCCAUGUUGAACAUCUUGUAUAGAUGGAUCUUUGGCCCAAAUUAAAGUUCUAUUCCAGGCAGUUACUGCUGUACUGCCAAGCCCUAACUAUUGUUCCAGGGUGGGAGUGGGUGAUACACAGAUGGGGAAAGCUGUCUAUGGAAAGGCCCUGUUUUCCCAACCACUGUAUGCGUAAGCCAGCAGCAAGUGAUUUAUUAAUGCCCUAUCAGCGUCUCCAUUGGUUUUCUGCAAUCGUCUCCUAGAUCUUAUACAGUUCCUUUCCCCAGAAUCUGUGGCAAAUCCACACCUCUUUCUGGGCAAGAGCUGUGCUUGUUUUAACAAGAUCAGAGAAGGCAACAAAGUCCUCCUUGGAAUGUUUUGGAAUUGGAAGGUGGGAAGUGGGUGAAGAGGAGGCGUCUCCAGUCCCUCCCACCCAGCCAGCCACUAAGCUCUUGCUGUGACUCUUGGCAGUCUCUGCGGAUGUUGUUGACAUUGCACACUCCAGGUUAUUCGUAACAUACUGGUAUUUUUCUAGAGCAUUCUUUGUACUCCCAAGUGAAAAGCUGCUAAAUAAUAAUUAAAAGAAAUCUGGUUCUACCAACUUUGUGGUAACUGUCUUG